AUGGAGAUUAGCAUAGGAAAUACAUUUGGAUACCAGGCAAACUCCACUUUGAGAGACUCUAUGGCUGUGAUUAGUAACACACUGAUAAGCUCACUACUUAAUGACUUCAGGGGAUAUACUGUUCAGGAGCAAAUGCUAAGGCAGCAGCUAUACGGUCGUAAUGCCAUCAGCGUUGAGGUCAAAUCAUACUUCUACCUUCUAGUAACAGAAGUCCUGAACCCUUUCUACAUCUUCCAAAUUGCCUCCAUUGCCCUGUGGUCCUUUGACAAUUACAUCCUCUAUGCUACGUGCAUUUUCCUUGUUUCAUGCCUUUCUGUUGCGGUUUCGCUUUAUGAGACUCGCAAGCAAAGUCAGUCACUGCAUGAUAUGGUUGAGGCGUCAAAUACCAAUACUGCAACAGUGCUAAGAUCUACAGCAGAGAAAACCACAGUUGAAGUAGAAGUCAACACAACAGACUUGGUUCCUGGUGAUGUGUUGGUCAUUCCUGGAACAGGUUGUCUUAUGGCGUGUGAUGCUGUACUCAUCUCUGGCAAUGCAAUCGUCAAUGAGAGCAUGCUGACAGGUGAAAGUGUCCCUGUGACCAAGACGCCUGUGACAUCAUCUGAAGGGAACGAGACCUACUCAGCGGAGAAGCACAAACGACACACCUUGUUCUGUGGGACAGCGGUCAUCCAAACCAGAUACUAUGGCAAUGCACAGGUUUUAGCUGUGGUUGUGCGGACAGGAUUCAGCACAGCGAAAGGGGAGUUGGUGCGCUCUAUACUUUAUCCACGACCUCUGGAUUUCAAGUUCUACAAAGACUCCAUGAAGUUUAUUCUCUUUAUGUUUGCAAUUGCUUCUCUUGGCAUGUCGUAUUCUAUAUAUAUUUACAUUAUGCACCAGGAAACCAUUUUGAAGACUGUGGUUCGUACUUUGGACAUUGUGACCAUUGUUGUACCCCCGGCCCUCCCUGCAGCUAUGACAGUUGGAACAUACUAUGCUCAGAGUAGAUUGAAGAAAAGAGGAAUAUUUUGCAUAUCGCCUCCAAGGAUUAAUGUCUCAGGGAAACUCAAACUGGUCUGCUUUGAUAAGACGGGAACCUUAACUGAGGAUGGGCUGGAGGUCUGGGGUGUGGUCGAAGCAAAAGGAGAACACCUGAGCACCCCAGUUAUGGAUGUGUCAACGCUCGAUCACACGUCACAAUUGGUGGCUUGCCUUGCAACAUGCCACUCCCUCACCUAUGUCCAUGGGGAGCUUACUGGUGAUCCCCUUGAUGUGAAGAUGUUUGAGGCAACCAAAUGGGAGCUGGAGGAACCUGAGGAAGAUGACACCCAGCGAUUCGAUAACCUCAUUCCCACUCUUGUUCGUCCCCCCAAAUGUCCAGUCCACCACUCUACCCCUGGCCCACAUCCCUAUUCCUCCUCCUCUUCUUCUUCUCUCCUUCCUGCUCCUACAUCUCCCUCGACCUCCUCCUCCUCCUCCAUCUUCACUCUCUCCCUCUCCCCCUGUUCCUCCCUCUCCUCCACCUCCAUCUCCCUCCAUUCCUUGCACCAACACUCAGCUCACUGAAUCUGAAGUCACUGCUUCUGCGUGUUGUGAGACCACCUGCACUUCUGUCGUUCCGCACACUGCCGUUAGCCAUGGGUGUGGCACUAAUUUUGUUCCGCAAGGUGUCAGCUUGAUAGAACAGGUGAUUUGGGCUGUUUCUGGUUUAAGGGUGUUUUUAUAAUUUUUUUGAUUUAGAAUUUGUGUUGUUUGUAUAUGAACUGAAUGUAUUUGUCUGGUGUAUA